AUGGGUUCAAUUCAAAAUAUUGUAUAUUAUUGCUGUGUAUUGAAGGGGGGUCGAGUUUUGUACGCCUAUAAUGGUGCUGACCAUGAAAUUGAGAACUUGGCUGCAUUGUGCUUAGAGAUGACUCCUUCCUAUCACAGAUGGUAUUUUCAGACCAUGAAUAAAAAAACUUUUGGGUUCCUGAUGGAGGAUGGCUAUGUGUAUUUUGCUAUAGUGAAUGAGAAUCUUGGCAACCCGAGAGUUCUUCAGUUUCUAGAAAAUUUGGUGGAUGAAUUUAGGAAGGUGGCCAAAAGAGGUUCGAACAGGAGUAUUUCUAAUUUGAAUUCUGUGUGUUUACAAGAACAAUUGGUACCGGCUAUACAACAGAUGGUUGCCUCAUUGGAGCAACUCUCAGUUACAGGUUCUGAGUGGCCGGCUCAGACUACUGAGCUCGCUCCUUCGCCAAGUAACAUUGCCAAUGGUCAGAUAGAGACCCGUGCUUCUACAAAAGCCCCUUUAUUGGGAAAGCUGAGCAAGCAAGACAAAAAGCAAAUGAACGAACAUGUAAUUGCUAUGAGACAUAUUGAAUUGGAGGAACAUCGGAUAUCUACAGAUAGAGUGAAGGUUGAUUCAGGACCUAUAGAUUCUAACGACCAAGGUUCAACAGUUUCUCCAGUCUCACGGCAUAAGGAUAUUGGAUCAAUGAGGAGAAGGUCUAGCUUUCAAAACUUGCAAAAAAAAUGGUGUCGCCAUGUGCGGAUUGUUCUUGCCAUCGACGCUUUAGUGUGUCUUGUGUUAUUUGUAGUUUGGUUAGGCAUAUGUGGUGGUUUGAAGUGCAUUCAUUAA